UCUGUUUGGGGUUUUGAUGGAUGCGAGUGCUGGCGAGUGAGGGCCGCCCCGUGCAGCCCGUGAGCCAAUCGGGACGGGCCUCUGACGGGCAACGGGAAACAACAGUUCAGGGGGAGAUGGCGCCCAGCUCGAAAUCUGAAAAGGACGACAGCAAACAGAAAAGCCAAAGAAAACACAAAGACCAUGUCGUGAAGCUUCUUAUGCGCGGAAAGCUGUCAGGGCAGUUUUCUCAGCGCCUGUUCAGGAAGCUGCCACCUCGAGUGUGUGUACCAUUGAAGAACAUUGUAAGCGAGGAGUUCCUGAGAGCAGGGCACAUCUUUCUUGGCUUCACCAAAUGUGGACGCUACGUUCUGUCUUACACCAGUGACUGUGGAGAAGAUGAUGAUUUCUCUUUCUAUACUUAUCAUCUUUAUUGGUGGGAGUUUAACCUGCACAGCAGACUCAAGCAGGUCCAUCAUGUGCGACUGUUUGCAGGAGAGGAAAUCUACAGUGACCUGUACCUUACAGUAUGUGAGUGGCCAAAUGAUCACUCCAAAAUUGUCAUCUUCGGCUUCAAUACACGCAGCUCCAACUCAGUCCUGAUGAAUCUAAUGAUGAGUGAUGAGAACAAUAGAGACAUCUACAUCACCAUCGCCUCCAUGCCGCCUCCUAAACCUUGCGCUCAGUGCUGUCCUGUUCCUUCAGUCACUACUAUACGCACAGGAAGUGGUGAGUGUCUUGAACACGGAUAUGUGCUCAACAGCAGGUACCAGGUGGUAUAUCCGUUCCCCACUUUUCAGCCAGCUUUCCAGCUUAAGAAGGACCAGGUCAUUCUGUUAAACACUAGCUACUCUCUUGUAGCCUGUGGCAUCUCACUCUGCCCAGGUAAACAGGGUCAGUCAUCGCAAAUCCUUUACACAAAGAGAGCAGCCCUGUCAAGUCAAGCUUCGACAUCUUUUUCCUCCUCUUCUUUGGUCUCUUCUUCCUCACUACCUCAAGAAUCUCCUGAACAUCGACUUCCACCUAGCAGACCCACUCCAGUCCCCACUCCAGUUCCCUCAUCUCCUAGCCAUUCACAAGCAGCGAUGCGAGCCCGGGAGUUUGCUGCCGACCUUUUCAGGCGAGCCCAGGGAGGAGGGAAAGAUGGUGAAGGCCAGGGGGAGAGGAGAACGUCUGAUGGUGGUGAAAAAGAGGCAGUACAGACAACUGGAGACAAAGGGACCAUUGCAGAGACUGUGAGAGAGGAGGGUGGUUGUAAAGGGUUGAGGGUAGAAGAGAGAAGGACUAAUUUACUACAACCAUUAACCUCAGGUGUUAGCCAUAGUCUGCCACAGGUAUCGGAACAGGUGAUGUCUCCCGCCUCUUCUUCCUCAUCCCCGUCAGCCACUCCAACUAUAUCUUCGUGCCAGGAAGCCAGCCCCAGUGAGCCUGGAUAUGUAAACUACUCACGCCUACACUACCGCUUACAACAGCCAGGGGCAGCAGAGCAGAGUGCAGGAGGUUAUGAAGAUGAUAAAGUCCAGCUGCCUUUCACAGUCACAGAUCUGAAAGGACGUAACCUCCAGCUGGUUACAGGGCCACACAACGGACAGAGUGUUUGUGUUGAGCAGCUGACUCUGGAUUUUGAAUAUCUAAUCAAUGAGGUGAUCAGGAGUGAUGCUGCCUGGGCCACACAGUUCUGCUCCUUUAGUGACUAUGAUGUUGUGAUAUUAGAGGUGUGUCCAGACACCAACAUUGUGAUGAUCAACAUUGGUCUGCUGUUACUAGCAUUCUCCAACUCUGACGAGGAGCACUGCAGGCCAAACACAUACCAUUCCAACCUGCAGGUUAGCUGGGACCUCAACACGGGUGUGUGUCGCACUGUGGGUGUUGGCGACCUCACAGAAGUCAAGGGUCAGACAAGUGGGACCGUCUGGAGUUCGUACAGGAAGUCCUGUGUGAACACGGUGAUGAAGUGGCUUGUCCCCGAGAGCAGCUCCCGCUACAUCAACCGCAUGACCAAUGAAGCUCUCCACAAGGGCUCAUCUCUGCAAGUGUUGGCAGAUAGUGACCGGUGUACCUGGAUUGUAUUAUGAAGGAAGAAGAGAUCCACAUGUGUCGAAACAACAUAAAGAAAAGCACACAGAAGUACACGUUGACAUGAGCUCACCUGCAGUAUCGAUCUUAAUCAGAGGCUCCGUUUGUAGCACAUGUCGCUAAAGCCGAACAAAGAACCAGAUGAAAUACUGUAAAGGUUUUUGUGAGUUUUUUGUAAUUGUGUACUGAAUUGUUGUAACAACCAAAACCAAGAGCUGGACUGAACAAAGACUUUAUUUUUACUUUUGUUUUGAUACAUUAAGGCAGUUUUAUUGUCUGUGUGUGUGAGUAAAUGAAUGUAUGUGAUAUCUGUACCUGUGUGAUGUGCACAAGGUGGGCGUGUGAGAAAUUUAACAGAUUUUGCUGCUUCUUAACUCGUUUCUCAUCCAGUGUGGACCAGCUCUGUCCAGCUGUGUGUAAGGCUGCAGUAUUUGAAAUUUGAAAAACUCUACUGCUUCACUUGAUUUCCGUUUUUGUUUUUUGUUUUUUUAAAACCCUCGUCAGUGGAAGCAAGAGUCACCUGCUUAGCUGGCUGCUGUCGUGCUGUAUGAGUGACAGCAUGGAAUACAGACUGUAUUCUGCUGGGAUCUUUUGUUUAAAUAAAAUGUUCAAAAGCC